AUGCGAUCCCGCACAGGCUGCUUAACGUGUCGCACUCGGAAACUCAAAUGUGACGAGCAGAAACCGGAGUGCUCUCAGUGUCGCAAAGGUGCCAGAGAGUGUCGUCCCAGCGAGGGCAUUGUCUUUCGCCAUCAGCAAAAUGCGUCGAUGAAUAAAGAUCUGAGCGAUACCCCCACCGGACGUGGCAGUCUGAAGGGGUUUUACUCCUAUAAGAAUACCUUUGAUGAAGACAGUGUCUGGCUCGACAUCCCCAAACAUGUCAUCUUCGUCGAUAACUCAGAUCCGUAUGCAGAAGAUCUUGAAGCCGCCCUAGGAGAGUCUGAAGCCGCCCUUCUUGCCGCCAAUUCCCACACCCGAGCGUGGAGCGCCCAGCGUACGUUGUCCGCAGACGGCGAAACUCAUCGCUUGGAAACUCUUUCGACCGUGGCAACUCACAACCGCCUUUCUUACCCUGCAUUGAGCAUUGAUCAACAGUCCAUCCCGCCGACAGAUACCGGCACACCUUUCAGUAAUAUCCACACCACAGCAUCUUCAGGUCCUUCUCCCACUCACGUGCGCGGCGUCAACGCACCUCUGGUAUCUCCUCCUCUUUCGAUAACCUCCAACAAUAACAAUAAUAAUAAUAUCAACUUCCUUCUUAAUCCUUCACAAUCUCGGUCACCGCCUGUUGAUCCCAAAAUUCAGCAUGUCCCAGAGCGUAGGAGCUCCUCAUUGACCUCCAGAGCAGUAGUGCCGCGAGCCACGUCUACUGAUUCGAAGCCGGAGGUGCCUGCAGAAACAGAUUAUGAGAUUGCGUAUCUUCUGAGACAUUUCUCAGAAGUACCAGGGCUUUGGAUGGAUCUCUUCGAUCUAGGGACCUAUUUCGCAUCGUCCGUCCCGGUCAGGGCGCUCCAGAAUCCCUUGUUGAAGUACGCCGCAUGUGCGUACGCUGCGAAACAGCUGGGUCGCGUGAAAGGGGCAAAGGUGUCCACUGGUGGUAUUCAUACAAGACAACUUGCACACAACGUAGAUUGGUCUUGGUCUGGUGCCAAGUACUAUGAAAAGGCCAUCCAACUCUUGAUGAAAGAAUUGCAGCCUGAUAAAGGGCCUCCGCCGCUGAGUACCCCCGAGGCAUUUGGCCAGUGGCAGGCUGCGGAAUUGUGCGAAGACCACGAUAAUCCCCGAAAGCGAAGAAGACGUUACUCUGAUAGUCGGUUUUCCAAGGGGACUCAUUCUGAUGAAAUACUUGCUGCAACAGCCAUACUGUCUGUAUAUGAGUUCUUGGAUGCCACAGGUCCGGCAUGGAAUCGACAUCUGAGCGGUGUAAAGUCUUUAUUGGAUGUUGCCGAGGUGGGAAUGAUGCCGGUCGAACAACGCCAUUCUCCUGGGGGAACUGCAUUGCAACAGCCGAAGUUAUCGGGGCUCUCGAAGGCGAGGAAAGCGACGUUUUGGAACUUUGCGCGUCAAGAUUACCUGGCUGCCUUCAUCAAUGAGAGUCAAACAAGAUUAAAUACCGAUGAUCUGGUGUUAUGGACCGAGGCUGGUCUUCAGAUUGACAGCAUGGGGUUCAUACGCUCCACAGGUUAUCCUGAUGAAGAGCCCAUCAAGGAAGACCUCGUUUCCAACACACUCGUCUGGAUUCUCUCGAAGAUCGUGAACUUCAUCAGCGCCGGAGAUAACAUCCAGCUGAACCAUCCCGGUUCGAUGGAUCCGGGCCCUCUGGGCCUUUCACAGCAGGUUUUGCUGGAGCGAUGGCACCGCCUGGAGGCUGAGCUUGAUGCUUGGUAUAAUUGUCUGCCUGAGACGUUCCAGCCCUGUGGUCGGGUUAAACUGUCCAAUUUGCCACAAAAUAAGAACAGCGACAAGUUUGAAGGUGGCACGCUGUCUGAAAUAUGGUAUAGCAUACCAAUGUGCUCCUCGGCGAUGCAGCAUUAUCAUAUGGCUCGUAUCCUCCUUCUUAUAAAUAAGCCGCACGCGUCGACCAGCAGACGGAGCACCAUCACUGAUAGACUCAAUUCAUAUCGCUCGAUCGAGAGUGACAUCCGGUUCCAUAGUCGUGAGAUUGUUGGCAUUGCCCUGGCCUGUCCGAAUGGCUCGGUCCGGAUCAACUCUCUCCAACCGCUGUUUGUCAGUGGCCAGUGUCUGACGGAGCCUGGAGAACGACGGGCAGUUCUGCAGUUGCUGCAAGGAAUAGAAGCCGAUCUUGGCUGGGCAACUGAGUACCGCGUAAAUCAAUUGCUCCGAGAAUGGGGCUGGGAUGAGAAUUCGGUGGACCCGAGCGUUCCGUGA